AUGAAGACCGAGGAGAAGAAGCAGGUGGAGUUCUCAACCCUGGGCAAGGUCGCGGCUCACGUCCCUGACCUCAUCGUGUAUGGCGAUUUCUCGCAGGACGUGCCUUUCAUCGAGAGCUUUGACGGCGUCCUGCUCUUCGUGGACAUCUCAGGUUUCACGGCCCUGACAGAGAAGUUCAGCAUGAACACCAACCUGGACCGUGGCGCCGACGAGCUGACGCAAGCCCUCAAUCACUAUGUGGGGGACAUUGUGGAGGAAGUGCUGGUGUUUGGAGGUGACGUCUUGAAAUUUGCAGGGGACGCGUUGCUGGCGCUCUGGAAGGUGGAGCGCUGCCACAUCAACGACAUCAUCACCCUGGCUCUGAAGUGCAGCUUCAGCAUCCAGCAGGAGUACGGCGUCCGCGACACGGAGGUGGGGCUGGAGCUGCGAGUGAAGAUAGGACUGUCGGCCGGUCACAUCUCCAAGGUGGUUGUGGGAGACAACCGGCACCAGUACUUCCUGGUCAUCGGCCGCGCGGUGGACGAGGUGCGGCUGGCCCAAAAUUUGGCGAAGGCGAGUGAGAUCAUCCUGUCACCCAACUGCUGGGAGCUGUGCGACCGGAGCCUGGUUGAGGUGGAGAGGAUCAAGGACGAGCGGGCAGUCAAGUUUAGAUACAUCAAGAACGUCCCUGAAUCCAACCCGGAGGAGUUCUUCGAGAGAUGCACGCAGUACCUGCACCAGAACCGCAUCUGCGACACCUUCGAGAUCCUGCGCAACGCCUCGGUGCUGGCGCCCGACGCGAAGCUGGAGCGCCACCUGCGCAAGUACGUGAUGAGGAACGUCCUGAGGAAGAUCGACGACAACCAGCCGCUGGAGUACCUGUCGGAGCUGCGCCCGGUCACCAUCGUCUUCGUGAACCUGCAGUUCGACGCCAGCGCCAACACCCAGCACAUCUGCAAGGCCAUCCAGGACGCCAACACGAAGGUCACCGGCAUCAUCGACCCGCUCAGCGGCAAGAUCAACAAGGUCUUCAUGUUUGACAAAGGCUGCACGCUGCUCUGCAUCUUUGGCCUCCCAGGGGACAAGCAAGCCGACGAGAGCACCAACGCGCUCGACAGCGCCCACAAGAUCCACGCCUUCUGUACCACGUCUCUCAUGAAAGUGAAGGUCGUCUCCAUCGGGGUCACGAGCGGGCCGGUGUUCUGCGGGGUCGUCGGCCAUCGCGUGAGACAUGAAUACACAGUCAUCGGCCGGAAAGUGAACCUCGCGGCCCGGAUGAUGAUGAACUACCCGGGGCUGGUGACCUGCGACGCCGUCACCUACGCCAAGUCCAAGCUGCCGCACUACUUCUUCGAGGAGCUCCCGCUCAUCGAGAUGAAGGGCGUGGUGAACCCCGGCACGGUCUAUCAGUUCCUCGGCAUCUCGGAGAAGACAAUGAUUUACAAAGCAUAUUUGACCAGGGAACGAUCUGAAGAUUACCCGUUGCUAGGUCGCAAGAAAGAGACCGACAUCUUCGAGAGCUUGCUGAGUGAUUUCAGAAGUUCCAAAAUAAGCCAAGUCAUAAUUUAUGAAGGUCUCAUGGGAUACGGGAAAAGCCAGCUCAUGGCCGAGAUCGCUUUCCUGGGGCAGGCGCCUGGGCAAAAGGUUGUCGCGAUGGAGCUCACCAAGAUAAACAUGUGGCAGAACUUCUUCACCAUCCGGACGCUGAUGGCCAUGUUCUUGGGGAUCGACACCUGCAAAGCCUACGACGCGAGGCAGUACAUCCUGGUGAACAAGCUCCGUGGAGUCAUAGAGGACCAGUUCUUCUGCCUCCUCAACAACCUCUUCCAUGUUAAGUUCCCCACUUCAGAGGCAGUUUCCAAGUUGGACAAUGACAAAAAGAAUGAGAAGAUGGAAAAGAUCCUUGGGAAGAUCCUCGAGAGCGCGAUGGAGAAGGAAGCGCUCAUCUUUGUCAUUGACGAAGCCCAGUUCAUUGACUCGGCCUCCUGGGACUUCCUGGGCAACCUGCUGGAGAAGGUCGCCAUUUUCAUGGUCAUGUCACUGUCUCCCGGCAACCACAAGGGGCGCCGGCCGUGCGCGACGGCAGCGCGCAUCAUGAGCAGCCCCAACACCACCUACAUCCAGCUGCGGGCACUGACACCCUCCGUCAUCGUGCAGAAGGCCUGCCAGGACCUCGGUGUGGUCAGCAUUGCCAGAGAGCUUGAAACGUUCUUAAUCCAGAGAAGCCACGGGAAUCCCUUCUACUGUGAGGAGCUUGUCCGGAACCUCCACCUGAACCACGUGCUGCAGUUCCACCUGGUGGAGGAGGACGAGGAGCGGGAGGACGAGUGGGAGAGCCUCUUCACCACGACGGUCCUCAAGGCCCAAGGUGCCCAGGUGCCCCACGGCGAGAGCGAGUCGUACAUCUGCACGAUCCGGCAGAACGUGAAGCUGCACAACAUCUCGCUGCCCCCGACCUUGAAAGGGAUUGCCCUGGCUGAGCUGGACAACAUGAACCCCUCCGAGCAGAUGGUGGUGAAGUGCGCCGCGGUCAUCGGCGUGACCUUCAGCACGGAGCUGCUGCUCCACAUCCUGCCCGAGUGGACCAAGAUCAAGAUGACGCAGACGCUGGCGGCGCUGGUGGAGUCGCACAUCUUCAUGUGCUUCGGCGAGCAGAAGGGCUCGAAGGCCGCCUGGGCCGAGGCCUCGUUCUCGGACGACCUGUGCAUCUGCUCCAAGGCGGUCAAGUCCACGGGCCAAGCCUCGGGGCUGGGGCCGGCCGUGGCCAGCAGGCUCAAGCAGGAGGAGGCCGUGAUGCGCUGCGAGCUGAUGGGCUUCUGCACGCCGCUGCUCCAGGAGGCGGCCUACGAGCUGUGGCUGAAGAGCCAGAAGAAGGCCCUGCACCUGAAGUGCGCCAGCCACCUGGAGCAGCAGGCGCACCGCUGCAAGUGCUGCGGGGAGGGGGACUUCGUCGCCCUGCACCGCCACGUCGUGAGCGGCACGCUGCAGAACAGGGAGUCGCAGAGCAUGAAGCCCGUGCCCGUCAAGGAGAAGAUGCUGAACGAGGCCGCCUUGGUCCUGGUUUCUGAAACGCUGCGAAGGCUGGAAGCUCCCAUGUUUGAAGAGACGAUCUUGUCUGCCGACUGGAAGCAGAUCGGCCUGCUGAGAGUCCCGCGGCGCCUCAUCAGCAAAGAGGACAGCGUGCAGAGACGCCUCAACACGCAAGACUCCUUCAGAGCCGAAGACACGGAGAUGGAGUUCCUGGCGAGGAUGGACGAAAUCAUCCUGCUCACCGAGAUGGGGAAGAAGAAGGUCGCGGCCAAGGGCUACAGCGAGUGCGAGUGCGAGGGCAUCGUGGAGUCGGUCAUCGCGCCGCUCGCGCAGCACUUCCUGGCCACGGGGAACCACAGCCGCGCCUUCUACUACCUGCUGGAGUGCGCCUCCGGCUACGUCUACCUCUCCAACAACUACAUGGCCUUCACCUACCUCAACACGGCCGAAAGCCUGUUGAAAUCUGUGCCAAGGCCAAAGCUCUUCAGCCAGUUUGAGGAGUCCGUUCUGCACAGCCUGAAGGGAGAGGUCUCCUAUAAUAUGGGCCAAAUUAACUUGGCCAAAAAACUGAUGAGGAAGGCUUUGAGUUUAUUGAAGAGAAGCUUCCCAAAGACCAUUGUUGGAGCCUUUUUCAUGUCCAUGGUGGAGACCUCCAAGCAUCUGUCCCAUCAGAAGAAGCAGCUGCUUUGGCAAGUGCGCACGGGCAGGGAGAAGAAACUGGCCGUCCUGUACCAGCAAGGGCGCUGCCUUUCCCUGCUGUGGCAGCUCUUCAGCCAGGACAUGGCCCGGAACAGCAAGAGGUUCUCCCGCCUGGCAGCGCUCAUGAACGUGAACUGCGCGGAGGAGUCCGAAGACGAGUCCCAGAUCAUCUCCUCUUACAUGGAGUUCUCCCUCUGCUGCCAGCUGAUCGGCUGCCAGCACGAGUGGAUGAAGUACGAGCUGAUGGCCAUCAGGCGCAGCUCCCACCUCCGGGUCGUCGGCGAGGGGCUCCUGAUCACCGCCAAGCUGGCGCUGUCCCUGGGCUACAUGAAGCUGUGCCUGGGGAACCUGCCGCUGGCCAUCCAGCUGGGGUACCGGGCGCACGAACUGUGUGAGCAGCUGAAGAAGCCGAAGCUGGACUACAUCGUCCUCGCCGACCUCUUCACCGCCCUGUUCCUCAGCACCAGGUACCAGGAUUCGGUGCAGGUGCUGAGCUGGCUGGAGGCCCUCUUCAUUCAGGACAACAACAUCAUUGGGCAGGCCUUCUUCAUCUCGGGCUGCCUGAACCUCAUGCUUUAUGCUGGUUUCUCCUUCAAGCCGUUUCAGCACUGCCUGGACUUCGUGCACGCCAACAAGACGAACUGCAUCCUGAUGUCUCAGAACAACAUCAUGCUCGGCCUGUACUCGUCCCUGGCUAUCUGGUUCGCCCGGCUCCAGCUCUGGGAGGAUUUCCAAGGGCCGUUCGAGCAGGCCCGGCGGCUGGUCCGGAGGACGAGCGCCUCGCUGUACGCCAACCACGGCUUCUGCAAGUUCGUGGAGUGCGAGGCGCUGCUGCUGCGGAAGUACAUCGAGGACCUGCCCGACAGGGCCCGGGAGAUGCGCAACCGGGUGGCAAAGAAUUUGGAGCAGGUAAUGACUCAGUGCUCCACAAGCCCGGUCUACUACGCCAGAGUUCUCCACAUGAAGGCUUACGUCCAGUUGAUGCUCGGACACCAUGAACUCAGCCAAAACUUUCUGGAGAAGGCAUUCGAGAACAGCGAGAUGUAUCGAAACCACCUGGAGCAAUCUUGGCUGGAGAUGAGCAAGGAGUGGUGGUUCACCGGAAGUUUCCCCAUGGAAGACUGGUGGCUCAAGACAGCCCCCAGUUUCCCCAGGUGGAGAGUGGGAAUGACAGCUUCAGAAAUGGGAGCCUUCCACAGAAACAAGUAUUUGCUGAAAGUGCCAGAGUUCAAUACAGACCACACAAGCCCAGAAUGA